AUGUUAAUUUAAUAAUUANCUUAUUUUGAACCAUCAGAAUAGUAUUAAGUAUAAUAAGAAGUUGAUUUAUAAACUGGUGGUUAGUUUUCAAUUGUAUAUAUGAAAUAUCCAUUUGAAGGGAAUGUUGGACCAUAAAGGAUAUAAAAGGCAAUAGUGAGACUAUGAUGUGGAUCAACUAUGUUAUGAACCCUUUUAAAUUUAGCCUAGGCCCAAACAAAUGGGCCUCCAAAGACUCGAUAUGAUUACCAAUAUGAAUAAUAAAUAUCUAAUCCUUUUAAAAAAUUUGUUCCGCUUUUAGAAAUUAAAGUAUAUUAAGAAUAUUAAUCAGGAUUAUUUGCUAUACUUACAUAUUCUUAAAUUAAAAAUUAAGAGUCUUGAUAUUUAAAAUAUUUACAUGGUGUUUCAUAAUCAAAAUCUUGACAAUAGGUACCGUUUAAUUUCUAAUAUGGCCUUGAGCAGCUACUUACGCAAGUACCAUCCUUAUAAUAAUAGUAUCCAUUAUUGCAGGUCUUACAUUUGA